CAACCAAGGACCCCCCCCUCGAGCUGCCAGACCCCGGCUGAGGGCGGGGCCUACGGGGGGCGGGGCUGGGGCCCGGCAGAAGCGGAGGGAGGGGGCAGGGACAGACAGACGGCGGAUACCCCAGCGGACCCAUCCCUGCGUCUAGGCUUUGGCUUUGACUCAGUUUCCCACACACAGGUGCCCGGGGAGCCAGCCAGUCCCUCCACGCCCCCUCCGGUCCGUCCGGACCUCCCUCGGACCCCGGACCCCGCGAGCACUGAGAGCACUGCCUGCUCCGUCAGGCAGGCCUAUGGGGCGCUGAUCCCCCAUGUGGCCCAACGCCAGUGCCGCCCUGGGGGGGCCCUGCUUCCGGCCCAGCAACCUGACCCUGGAGGAGCAGAGGCUCAUCGCCUCGCCUUGGUUCGCGGCCUCCUUCUGCCUGGUGGGCGUGGCAUCCAACGUGCUGGCCCUGCAGGUGCUGGCGGGGGCCCGGCUCGGCCCGGCCCCAGGCCCGCGCACGCCCUUCCUCACACUGCUCUGCGGCCUGGUGCUCACGGACCUGCUGGGGCUGCUGCUCACGGGUGCCGUGGUCACGGCCCAGCACGCUGCGCUGCUUGACUGGCGGACCUCAGACCCAGGCUGCCGCCUCUGCCGCUUCAUGGGCGCCGCCAUGGUCUUCUUCGGGCUGUGCCCGCUGGCCCUGGGCGCCGCCAUGGCGGUCGAGCGCUUCCUGGGCAUCACCAGGCCCUUCUCCAGGACGGCGAUGGCCUCCCCGCGCCGUGCCGGGGCCACCGUGGGGCUGGUGUGGGCGGCCGCGCUGGGCCUGGGGCUGUUGCCGCUGCUGGGCCUGGGCCGCUACACCGUGCAGUUCCCCGGCUCCUGGUGCUUCCUCACGCUCGGACCUGAGCCCGGAGACCUGGCCUUCGCGCUGCUCUUCUCUGGCCUGGGCUGCCUGUCGCUGGCUCUGUCCUUCCUGCUCAACACGGUCAGUGUGGCUGGCCUAUGCCGCGUGUGCCAUGGCCGGCGGCCCUCCCAGCAGCGCCCGCGGGACAGCGAGCUGGAGAUGAUGGCACAGCUCCUGGGCAUCAUGGUGGUGGCCAGCGUGUGCUGGCUGCCCCUGCUGGUGUUCAUCGCGCAGACGGUGCUGCGGAACCCGCCCGCCAUGGCCCCGUCGGGCCGCCUCCCGCGAGCCACCGAGAAGCAGCUGCUCAUCUACCUGCGUGUGGCCACCUGGAACCAGAUCCUCGACCCCUGGGUCUACAUUCUCUUCCGCCGCGCGGUGCUCCGCCGCCUGCAGCCCCGCGCCCGCGCCCACUCCCUGCCGCUGCAGCCCCACCUCGCCCACCGGCCCACGGAACCCUAGAGCUGGCAGGCAGCCCAGGACUUGGGGUCCAUGCCCUUGGGAGCUGGGGUAUGUGACCUAGAGGCUGGGGGGCAGCCUAAGGAUUCAGGGUGCACCUCAUGGCACCCCAGAAGGACAGCCAGAAGGACCUCCCCAACAUCCUCACCAGACACCCCCGGGCCCCGGGAGCUGCAGUUUGGUCCAGGACUCAGAGCGGCUAUAUUUCUGGGGUGUUUGCAGCAUCAGCCCUGGGGACCAACCCCCCAAUUUCAAAGUUCCCUCCACUCCUCAGGAACUGGAGGUUCUGAGUCAUGGGGGGCACCCCCUUCCGCAAGUCGCCCGGGCUCCCUAAUCUUCAGGGGCUGCCUGUAGUGCGUUUGCUCCCCUGGGCACCCCAAUAUUGGAGGCUCAGUCUAGCAAUGACUGAGGGUGAGCACCCAGGACACCUCUCUCCUGCCAAAAUAGACCUGUACCCCAAGUCUGAGUGUCCUUGGGGUUGAGGUCAGGAGGUUUGGACUGUCCCGUGACCUACAGCCUCUGCCUGGAGGAGCCCUCAAUAAACACUGGCUGGACAGAACAGCUGUGAGAGUGAGUGUGAGCAAAGCCCUGGGUUAGAGCCCUAGGUCCAUAUGAGAGUAUCAUGCACAGCACCCAGGGAGCCCCAUGGAAGAAGCGCAGGACUGUGGGGUCUCUCCUCUCUCAGCACCCUG